UAGUUAUAUUAACCCAAGUUAGUAACUGCUCCCUCCAUUAAAUAUAAGGACCAUCCCCUCCUCUCAUUGUUAUCACAUCUCACAUAUCUUUCUUUCUUCCUUUCUUCUUCAUUCUCUGUCUAAUGGCCAAAGCUGGAGUAGCAGUUUUAUGUGCAAUCACUAUAUUGUUUAGCUGUUUCAUGUUGAGCUUAGCAACAGACUACACAGUCGGAGAUACAGCUGGUUGGGCUUCAGGUGUGAACUAUGAUACUUGGCUUACUGGUAAAACCUUCGCUGUUGGUGACACCUUGGUGUUUAACUAUGGAUCAGGUGCACAUUCAGUUGCUGAAGUGAGUAAAAGUGAUUACGAGGGUUGCUCAUCAGCAAACGCAUUGGCUUCAGAGAGUGAUGGUGCAACAACAAUUAGCUUAAACAAAGCAGGAACUCGUUAUUUCAUUUGUGGAAUCCCUGGACAUUGUUCCAAUGGAAUGAAAUUAGCGGUUACUGUUGGAGCAGCAGGAGGUACCGGAACAGGAGGAAGCACCACUACACCAACAACCACAACACCCACUACCACUACUCCAACCAGCACCACCCCAUCUUCAUCAUUUGUCGUUGUUCCUUCUGUGACUGUACUUCUGUUCACCUUGAUGUCAUUUCUUAUGCUGUGAGGCAGUAGUGCUCUGUCCAUCUCUCUAGCUUUUUUGUAUGAACAUGUCAUGGUAGAUGAUAAAAAGAGAGAAAGGGGCCGUGUUGAUGAUUUUUACUUGCACUGAUGCAUUUGAGGAGUUUAGUUUUAUAUUUAAAAUUUGUAAUGACGGAUUAGUAGAUUGAUUAAUGUCAUGUUAUUUAUUGUGAAAGUGAAUCAAUCUUAAUUUUUCAAG